CUUAAAAUGGAAGCAGUUACAGAAUUGGAUGAAGCAUCUCUAAGAGGCCAAGCAAAUGUAUGGAAGUACAUGCUCGGCUUUGCAGAUUCCAUGGCUUUAAAAUCUGCUGUGGAGCUCCGGAUACCAGAUAUCAUACACUCUGAUGGUCAUGCAAUGACUUUGUCUGAAAUAGCCCGCUCCUUCGACUCUGCAUCACCCUGUCCAGACAUCACAUGCCUCUCUCGCAUCAUGCGGUUGCUAGUUCGCAGGAACAUCUUCACUGCACAACCUGACGGUGGAGAUUCAGGAGAAACCCUCUACGGGUUGACUCACUCAUCUAGAUGGCUUUUACAUGACUCGGAGUUCACUCUAGCUCUGAUGGUUCUCAUGGAGACAAAUCCUACUCUAAUGGAGCCAUGGCACUAUUUCAGCCAAUGCGUCAAGCAAGGCGCUCCAUGCGCCUUUGAGAAAGCGCAUGGCCGCGACAUUUGGCAAUUCUUCACCGAAAAACCCGAGUUCAACCGAUUGUUCAACGAUAGCAUGACAUGCACUGCUAAGAUUACAAUGAAAGCGAUACUCACGGGAUAUAAGGGUGGGUUUGAUAACGUGGCAACACUGGUGGAUGUUGGUGGUGGGACUGGAAGCGUAGUGGCGGAGAUUGUGAAGUUGUAUCCCAGCAUUAGGGGCAUCAACUUUGAUCUACCACAUGUAGUUGCAACAGCGCCGGUGUACCAUGGGGUGUCAAAUGUUGGAGGUGACAUGUUUGAUGACGGCAGUAUUCCAAACACUGAUGCAAUUUUCAUGAUGAGGAUUAUGCACGGCUGGAGCGACAUUGAUUGCGUCAAGAUAUUGAAAAACUGUCGAAAGGCGAUACCAGAGAGAAGUGGCAAGGUGAUUAUUGUGGACAUUGUUCUAGAGCCAAAUGGUGAUGGCAUGUUCGACGACACAGGCUUGGUGUUUGAUAUGGUAAUGAUUGCACACAGCUCCGGUGGAAAGGAGAGGACUGAGAGUGAAUGGAAGAAGAUGUUGGAACAAGGAGGCUUCCCUCGUUACAAAAUCAUCAAAAUUCCAGCUUUAUCGUCCAUUAUUGAGGCCUACCCUGUGUGAAGAUUAAAUCUUAUCAUAGCGAGCAAUAUUAUACUCUCACAUAUAAGGUCUUGGUGUUCUAUUAUAUACUUGAGAAUAAUCCAAAGAAACAGGUUUCUUUGCUUGAAGCUACUCUUUAUUUUGUGACUUACUUGGUAGCCCCUUGGUGUUCUAUUAUAUACUUGAGAAUAAUCCGAAGAAACAUGUUUCUUUGCUUGAAGCUACUCUUUGCCCAUGUUUUUU